GGAGUCAUUGAAAGUGAACUUUUUCCUUAGCUUUACGUUCGAGGAUUGAGUGGAAAAGAAAAGGCGCAGGCAGUGCAGUUUCCGGAGGACAGGGACUGUGUAGAGCAACCAGGAAGCGGCUGGGCUGGGAGUUGUCCCGGGUUCCCGCUGAGCUGUUAAAGACUUCUUCCCUGGGUCCCUGCGCCGAGGCCAGGCGCCCUUCGUGAGUCCUGCUCUGAGAUAGAACCCGGCUCCGGCCGGCCGUUCCGGAGCUGCCAUGUCAGCCGACUUCGAAGGGUACGAGCAGGACUUCGCAGUGCUCACUGCUGAGAUCACCAGCAAGAUUUCCAGGGUCCCUCGACUCCCUCCCGAUGAGAAGAAGCAAAUGGUUGCCAACGUGGAGAAACAGCUCGAAGAGGCCAGAGAACUGCUCGAACAGAUGGACUUGGAAGUUCGAGAAAUCCCACCCCAAAGUCGAGGAAUGUACAGCAACAGAAUGAGGAGCUACAAGCAAGAAAUGGGGAAACUGGAAACGGAUUUUAAAAGGUCACGGAUCGCCUACAGUGACGAAGUACGGAAUGAGCUCCUAGGGGAUGCUGGGAAUUCCUCAGAGAACCAGUUGAUAAAAUUACGUGAGGAGAGGGCACAUCUGCUGGAUAACACGGAAAGGCUGGAGAGGUCAUCUCGGAGACUAGAGGCUGGAUACCAGAUAGCAGUGGAGACCGAGCAAAUCGGCCAAGAGAUGUUGGAAAACCUGAGUCAUGACAGAGAGAGGAUACAGCGGGCACGUGAGCGACUCCGGGAAACAGAUGCAAACUUGGGGAAGAGCUCUCGGAUUCUGACUGGGAUGUUGCGAAGGACUAAGCCAGAAUCCAGUCAAGGACAGAAAUUCAUAGAGACCCGGCGGGCUCCCCAGAGAUGCUGAUAACCUUUCCACACUUGUUAUGGACCCACUAAUGACGCUACUUCAGGCCAGUACUCACAUUUCAGUACCACUUCUAAUGCAUUAAUUCAUCAUUAUUAGCUAUGCUAAUUACGAGUAACUAAUUAAUAAGAUAAAGAAAGCUGCCACCAGUCUUAGCUGCCUCUGGAAUUCUACUCUUCAUUAGUCUUUCAAACACCAUCUAAAUACCUGAGGGAGGGUGUAGUCCCAUUCCAGCACUCCAGGCAAGCCCUAGAACCCUGCGGUAUGCAUUAAAACUAACACACACAGCUACACACCAACAGAAGCUGUUUAAGAGUAAUUGCAGUGACACAUGACUUCUGAGAUUUACAGACUCAGGGCACAGGUUUGUGUCUGUUCUUCAUACGAUGGGUCCAAGAACAUGCUGGGUUGUCAGUGGGGUUCCCAUCCUCUGCCUUCCACCUGAUGGAAACACCCCAGGCCAUGUUGGAGCCUUUCCUCCCAUAUCAAGGAAGUGCAACUGGGAACACUGGAGAGCUCAGCUGUGUAGCAUGGUGGCCCAUGGGCUGGCCACCAUUAUAUGUAUGUACGUAUCCAUCUCUGUGAGCACACCUCCUCCUGUCUGAUGCAUCUGUCUGUGAGCACACCUUCUCCUGUCUGAUGCAUCUGUCUGUGAGCAUACCUUCUCAUGUGUGAGGCAUCUGUCUGUGAGCACACCUUCUCAUGUGUGAUGCAUCUGUCUGUGAGCACACCUUCUCAUGUGUGAGGCAUCUGUCUGUGAGCACACCUUCUCCUGUCUGAUGCAUCUGUCUGUGAGCACACCUUCUCAUGUGUCAUGCAUCUGUCUGUGAGCACACCUUCUCAUGUCUGAUGCAUCCAUCUGUCUGUGAGCACACCUUCUCAUGUGUGAGGCAUCUGUCUGUGAGCACACCUUCUCAUGUGUGAGGCAUCUGUCUGUGAGCACACCUUCUCAUGUGUGAGGCAUCUGUCUGUGAGCACACCUUCUCAUGUGUGAUGCAUCUGUCUGUGAGCACACCUUCUCAUGUGUGAGGCAUCUGUCUGUGAGCACACCUUCUCAUGUGUGAGGCAUCUGUCUGUGAGCACAUCUUCUCAUGUGUGAGGCAUCUGUCUGUGAGCACACCUUCUCAUGUGUGAGGCAUCUGUCUGUGAGCACACCUUCUCAUGUGUGAUGCAUAUGUCUGUGAGCACACCUUCUCAUGUGUGAGGCAUCUGUCUGUGAGCACACCUUCUCAUGUGUGAUGCAUCUGUCUGUGAGCACACCUUCUCAUGUGUGAGGCAUCUGUCUGUGAGCACACCUUCUCAUGUGUGAGGCAUCUGUCUGUGAGCACACCUUCUCAUGUGUGAGGCAUCUGUCUGUGAGCACACCUUCUCAUGUGUGAGGCAUCUGUCUGUGAGCACACCUUCUCAUGUGUGAUGCAUAUGUCUGUGAGCACACCUUCUCAUGUGUGAUGCAUCUGUCUGUGAGCACACCUUCUCAUGUGUGAGGCAUCUGUCUGUGAGCACAUCUUCUCAUGUGUGAGGCAUCUGUCUGUGAGCACACCUUCUCAUGUGUGAGGCAUCUGUCUGUGAGCACACCUUCUCAUGUGUGAGGCAUCUGUCUGUGAGCACACCUUCUCCUGUCUGAUGCAUCUGUCUGUGAGCACACCUUCUCAUGUGUGAGGCAUAUGUCUGUGAGCACACCUUCUCAUGUGUGAGGCAUCUGUCUGUGAGCACACCUUCUCCUGUCUGAUACAUCCAUCUCUGUGUAACUCUUUUUCUUCCCUCAGUGUUGGGCUUUAGUCAUGCUAGGCCAUCAGAGCUCCAGCACUGAGCCCCGAUCCCAGCACACACAUGGUUUUGUUAAACUCUAAGAAUCUCCAACUUUAUUCCACCAGGGUUGUUCAUGGACUCAUGGUUUAAUGCACUUGCUGUGCAUUCUAUACAUCAAAUAAAUAUGUAGUUUAAAAUCUGAAACAAAGUGUCUAAAGGGUGACUGAACAUGGCACAUGAAAAGUGGUCAUCCACCCGCUGCCUGAGAUAAAUGGUUUCUUGCUCCCUCCCUUCCUCUCUCCCUCCCUCCCUCCUUCCCUCCAGGGCCUACACACUACAUGCGGGGCCCAUUCCUGUGUUGUCCUAAUCGGGUUCCUUGCCUGUCACCCCACUGGACAUUGAGACCCUGGAGGGAAGGGACUGGCUUUCAAUCCACUGGGUGUAAUAGGCAUUCAGUAAAUGUUUGAUGAACGAAAAUCUCCCUUGUGAUUAAAAUAUCACCAGCAAAUACAAAUAUUUCCUGUUUUCUCUCACUUGGAUUCCUAACCUCUGGUAAACUCUUGAAGUACAAAAACAUGAAAGAAAAGUUAGGUAAGAAUGAAAUGUGUGGAGGUGAAGAAGGUUUGUCUGUCACUGCAAUUCACGUGAUAAAACCCCCAAUGUUGGGGCAUUGCAUGAUAUAAAAUUGUGAAUGACUGGGAUUGGACAUAAAUGCCAUCACCUUCCCAAAGUGAAAUAUAAGAGGCAGGAAUUGAAUCUUGUCCUAUUCUGAGCCCCUGCUCUUCACUGUUACUGGGAACAGAACGGGCAUCAGGUACGAGGGGAUGAACAGCCAUGCCAGUGGAGAAACGACCAGGACUUCUACAAGGAAUUUAACUCCCUCCAUUUUGCUAAAGAUCUGUAAGAAACAGGAAGAGGAAAGUGCCUCGUGUCUGGCAGCACACGGACGGGUGGCAGCACAUGGACGGGUGGCAGCACACGGACGGGUGGCAGCACAUUGACGGGUGGCAGUGUUGGUCUUUUCGGUACAUUUUUACUUCCAAACACCUUUAAACAAAGUAGAUGAGUGUGUAUUAAAAAGUGUGUGUAUCAGUUUGAGUUUGUCUCAGAGAACAAACUCUUGAGGUUAAAUCAGUGGCCCAAAGAGAUGAUGCCAUGCUUCGCCCCUAAAUCAUACAGGCAGUGCAACACAGGAGAGGUUUGGAAGCCUACUUUCCUACUAUUUCCAUAAAUGAAGUUUAAAUUUAGGAAAAUUAAGUAUUAAUGUUGUGCUUCCUGUGAACCUCGCCACACAUUGUUUGAGUUUUUAAUCUACGCUGAAGCAUUUCUCUUUAAUUACAGAAAGUGGGUUUUCUAAUAUGGGGGUUCAUGAUUCCAUAAGCAUUACCAGGGAGCCAGUAGGACAGAAAGGCAGCGAGAAAUGGAAAAGGCACCUCAUUUUCUUGGGUCUCUAAUGAUGCUGGCAGGGUGAGGGAGAGUGGGGCUGUGGCUCAGUGGUUACAGCACUUGCCCACCAUACACAGAGCCCUGGGCUUGACACCCCAGUGUCACAAAUCCAGGCUUGCACCCCUGUAAUACCAGCACCUGGGAAAUGGAGGGAGGAUAAUCAGGUCAUCUUUGCUAAUAGUCAGUUUGAGGCCAAAUUGGGAUACAUGAAACCCUGUCUCAAAAAAAAAAAUUUUUUUUUACCAUUUAAGGUGAAAAGAUAAAAAGGCCUGUUUUGGGGAUGGGGGAGAUUCAUUCAUAUAUUUUCUCUCCCUCCCCCCCCUCUCUGUAAUUGCUUUUGCUUGCAUUGGUUUUACUUCUUCCCAUAGUAGCUAUAGUUGUUUUGUUCAUAAAAAUCACAGACAAUGUGAGCUCCAAGACCAAAUUCCAACCUGGGUCUUGGACAUUCAAAUGUGUACCCUUCCCGAGUAGAGUCCGGCCGUGCUCACGUCCAACCACGAUGCUAGCUUGGUGCGUGUCUCAUCACACACUGGAACCUUUGGCAGGGUCACUGGAAGGAAGACACAAAGCUGCAGGCUUGUGGGAAGCCAAGGGGCCCUGUGUGCCCACAGCCCUGGGGUGAAGCACCCAAGCUGUGUCAGUGGGAGAGCUGCCCCCUGGAAGGCCCUUCCACUCCGCAGGGCCCCAGUCCCCUGAAGCUAGCAAUGAGGGCCUCACAGGGGGAAAGGCUAAACUCUGCCUCUGAUCAUUUGGGUUUUGGGUUUGGUUGUUGUUGUCGUCGUCAUUGUUGUCGUCGUUGUUGUUGUUUUUGCUAUCCUCAGCAAAGUUGGAUUGAGAGCACAAAUUGUCGUGAAAGAUUUGGGAAGAACCAGGUACUGCACGUAGCUGUACAGUGUGCUCUAGGGAAGAUCCUAGAGUCCCUUCCCUGCACAUGUCUCCAGUCUGUCGUACUCCCGAGAAGGCUGUGUGCAGGGGAAAGUAUGAGGAGGAGGGAUGCUGCCCCUGAGUUGGUGGACACAUUGCAGAGACUUGAGGGUGUUGCCUCAGAGUUGGUGCCAGCCACCACUGAGCCUAUUUUUGUAACUCAGAUGGCACUGCAGGUCUGUUACACUCAAGACUUGAGCCAUUCAGUGAGCGACUGAUAACAGAUGCCCUGGCUCUCUUCUGGGAUGGUUUAAGAUUUCUGCAGCAGGGGCCUGAGCCUGGUUGAUGUGUAUCUGGCAACAAAGUUCUAGAAAACACCCUCAGAUUUCGGCUUAGUGUCAACAGAGAAGAAACUUGUCGUAUUCUGUAUUUGGUUUUCACUGUUCAAACUGAAAUGGCUGAACACUGAAGAAACUAUAUUCAGCGAGCAGCUUUUCUCUCUGCGUGCCGUCCAGAUAGAUCAUUAAGACAAGCAAACCGGAAGACAAGAUUCAGAGACCUGCCAGGCUCUGAGGCACAGCCCUGGCGGGUGCUAAGGGCUUUAGCCGCUUCUCUCUCUGUGGCUUUUGUUGUGGUCUCCACGCAGAAAGGUGACAGGGAAGGCAGUGUUCAUAUUUUAAUGGCUGAUUGACUUGCUGCCUUUUUGAAAUCCAGACUAACCAAAUACCAUUUUUUAGCUAUGAUUAAAUGUUAUUUAUACACAGGUCACCGUGGUUAAGGAGGACAGACCUCAUUCAUUAGCACUGUGUGAGAUGUAGGGUUUAAAUACAAACGUGUGGACCUUCUCCUUUUAUUUGUUCUUUGCAGUUUGUGUACGAGUGCAUGUGCGUGUUAGCGUGCGCAUGAGAGGGAGGAAGGGGGGGGAGGGAGAGUGCCACAUAAUGCCAGGUCUUCAGUUGCUCCCCGCCUUAGUUUUUUUUGAGACAAAGCUUCUCACCCGGUGCUCACGACUCAGAUGGCCUGGGAACCCAGGGAUCCUCCUGCCUCUGCUUCCCCGCACUGGGGUUACAGAGAGCUCACACUGGGUAUGUGCUGGGAAUCCAAACUGCAGUCCCAGAGUUUGCACUGUGCUGACUGUGCACCAUCUCCCCAGCUCUGCACCUCACUCUUUUAAAAGGUUGUGAACUGUGUGUCUGUCUUCAGAAGGGAAAUUCAUGAUCCUAAAGACUUGUGUUUAUGUGUUCGUAGCUUUGUUUCAUAGCCAAAAGACAAAGGAGAGUUGAGGUAUUUUCUCUUUGCAUAUUUAUUUUAUACUCUUCUUCCCACUGUAGGAAGGUGUCUAAACCACCCUGAUUUUUGCCUGCUCUCACUCUUUCUCGCAGUGUUAUCUAAAGUUGUGUGUUUAUAUUUUAAACUCAGAGGAUUCAUUUGCUUUGGGAUGGAAGCUUUCAGAAGCAAUGUUGAUUUAUAAGCUACAAUAUUUAGCAAAUACUUCAGACAUACCUUAAAGCCAGUCCGGUGACAUUUUGCUAUUAAUUAAAGCUGCCAAAAACCCAUGUCUGCUAAGUCAUGUGACUGUUACAUAUAUGCCUAUUUUAAAAUUGGAAAUAGAAAACAGCUAUCAAUUCCAGAUGCAGAUCACAGCUGUGAUUGUCACCUGAGUUGCUGGACUCUGCAACAUGUCCAGCCUGUGGUUGUUGCUGGGUGUCACUGUGCCGUGCUGACACUUUGUAUUCUCACCAUCUAACUACAGUUUGUCCCUGGUCUCUGUUGCCAUUCGACACAUGACGCCUUAAUCAAGUCUGAGUACCACUGUAUUUAUCAAUAACACAUACAUGAAUUCCUCAUGAUCAACUCAAGACAGGAAGAGAGACUUCUAGCUCUGGCUUGGGAAGUUGUUCAGUUUAUCGUGUUAAGUUGGGAAAGCAGAGCUAUUGCUUAGCAACCCUGGACUAGGCAUAAAGUAAUUGAAGCUCCCAAAUGAGAAACAUUUGUAACGGAAUAUGCCCUAACACUUGCUUUACCGCAUGGCUUAGCACCCUUGUGCUCACACAUGGUUAAACACAUGUUGGAACUGAUGUUUUAGCACCAGACUCACACAUCUCUUUGUCCACAGAUGCUGGAACACAUGCUUUGAUACUCUUGUGUUCUGGAGGGAAGAGGGCAAUCAGAGUCCUGUCUAGGAUCUCUUUUUCCAAAGGUUCAUAGGUUAGCGGCAUUCAGUCAAAGGUCAGCGCCUUAUUGAUAAAGUCACAGCGCUUUUUACUAGAUGACACAAACAAAAUGUGGCUGUUCAGUCCAUCUGGAGAUGACACAGCCAUGGUCUUCUGUACCUAGCUGAUCAUUAACCUCCUUGUCUGUCAGUAGAGGUAUCUCCCAGCAUGCCUCACAGUAGUAACCUCCUGGUACCUCAGUAGAGGUAUCUCCCAGCAUGCCUCACGGUAUUAACCUCCUGGUACCUCAGUAGAGGUAUCUUCCAGCAUGCCUCACGGUAUUAACCUCCUGGUACCUCAGUAGAGGUAUCCCCCAGCAUGCCUCACAGUAGUAACCUCCUGGUACCUCAGUAGAGGUAUCUCCCAGCAUGCCUCACGGUAUUGUUUUGUACCUUUAGCUGGUCCACUUACGGUUUUCUAAAUAAUCUGUUCAGCCUUACUCAGGCCUGGAUAUAAAAUUAAACAAGACUUCCAUUUCAGCCACUAGCUUAAAUUCUCUGUCUUACUGGACAGUUUCAAUACAGACAGCAGUGACUGUCACUUCCAGCAAGAGGGAUGAAUGCCUCCUCACUCUGACCGCAUAGGCUUGCCGCCCAUGCUGUCUUCAUUGAUUUGGGCAGAAUAGAUUCAGUACAAUAAAAGAACAAAUACUGAUUUGCACAGUUCUAGAGUUUGAAAAGUACAACUUAAAGUGGUAGUGUCUAGUGAGGGUCCACUCUCUAGUUUACAAAUUACUUUCGUCUUAUUGGGUCUUCACAUGGCAGAUAGCAGAGUUGAUGGUAGCUCUAUCCAGUCAAAUAACAAGACGACAACAACCUGCCUUUCAAUGGUGCUUUAGCCUACAACAUGUCUUCUGCUUCCUUGUUGAUCCCUACUAGAAUGAGAAGUAACACAUGAAUCCCAUUUCAUAGAAUGGCAUACCAAAACCCAGAUAGCUCAGGACUCUGCUAAAAAUUAUAUAGCCAGUAGGUAGACAGUGAGGUUAGAUGUUGACUACAGGUUUCCUCACAUCUAAAUCAAGUAUUUUCCUGCUAUGUGACAAGGCCAACUCCUAUAAGACACAAGGUACCACCUGGAAAAGCCCUUCUUAUCAAAGAUAGGAGCAAGAAGGAUGUGAUCAAAGCCACGUCCAUUUGUGAAACUCUGUGUGUCAAUCAUAUUCAAGCAGCCUGGGCAUCCCAGCAUCCCAUUCAAUAGGUGCACACACCAAGGCCUUAAAUCAUAAUAAAUGAACUCAAGUCAAAGAAGUAAUUCGUAGCAGGGCUAUGGUUUGAAUGCAAGUUUGACUCAAAAUAAAACCCAGGCUCUUAACCACUGCUCGUAUUAGCUCGUAACCAGCAACACUAAUGCAGCCAGCACUUUUGGGAUGAAGUCUAUUGUUUUCCUAAUCAGUCCUGGUUGUAAAGGUUCGUGAUUGGAUUUUUCCAUUUUUAACAUUUGAAAGUGAAUCAAUAUAACAAAAAGUAGAGGUUGUGGAUAUUAUGGGAAAGCAUUUGUAAAUAAGCUGAGCCUUUAGUCUGUGCCUCUUAAUAGUUGGCAUGGCAUACCCUGUCUGACUGACUGGCCAUGGCUUACCCUGUCUGACUGACUGGCCAUGGCUUACCCUGUCUGACAAGAUGGCCAUGGUAUACACUGUCUGACUGGCUGGCAUGGCAUACCCUGUUUGACAAGAUGGCCGUGGCAUACACUGUCUGACUGCCUGGCCGUGACUGGCCCUCCUGGCUGGCUGGGACUCAUGUAAGAUUUGUUUUGAAGGUUGACUUGAACAUAAGAAUCAUAUAUAUUUUGAGACUUUGAGUUUCUAAGAUUAUUAUUGGCUGCUAAAUCAAAUUACUUAAAAAUAAAUUCUACCCUAUCAACAGGGCUCUAAAGGGUCAAAAUGAGCAAAUUGUGUAAAGAAUGCUGCCCUUGAGUUUGGCCAGUCAGAACGGCAUUUUUCCUGACUGUACAGCAAUUGUCUGGCCUAUCUUCACAAGUGACUUUCAUGACUUAAAGGUGACUAGAAUGCUUGAACUCACUUUCCUUGUUAAAUUGGUCUGGAUCUGAAUGCAGAGACCAGCAGAGAGACAUUCACAGCAGGAGCAGCCAGGAAGAGCCACCUGUGAAUGCCUGACUUGUAAACGUAAGCAGGAAUUUGUGACUGCUUGGAAUGGCUGGAAGACCCAGAGGACCCAGAAGGCGCUUCAUUCUGUCUGCCCUCAAAAUAGAAUUGUUAGUACCACUGCCAGGCCAGAUCCAAAAGAGGGUGCAGUUCUGGAGUGUAUAAAGCCUCACUUUGGGUUUGUUGGAUUUUUGUGUCAUUUUAUUAUGUUGAAGUUCAAGAUCAAAUCAUUGCAUCUUAGAAUAGCCUUUGCCAAGCUUCCAAAACUCUGAGCACAAAACCCUCAGCCGUCAUUCGUUUUCUUGCCUAGAAAUUUAGGUAGCACUGAGCCAAAAUCUGAACUUAUAAAGUGAGAUUAUACUUGAUUAGGAACAAAAAAAUCCUACAUCCAGAAAUGCAGAUGUGCUCAGCAGUCCUGGGGGGAUGUUGGUAUUUGAUCUCUAAGUCUUAAAGGUUCAUGUUCCCAAGGUUAAGAAAUUCAGAGAGCCAACUUCUAUAGUAACUAAUACUAAAAUUACUCUGGAGAUUCUAGAAGUAUCACAUUACAAAUCACUCAGCUUUGGAAACUCUGCAGUGCAUGGCUUAUGAACAUCAUUGGAUGAGAGGCGGGGCAGUAAGCGAAAGACACCACUCAUGAGCCUCAUCCACACCAUUGCAGCACAGAGUGUACUCGCUGGAAGGAAGGAAAGGCCCUGGGAGUCAGAAGUGCAGCUGCAGGAACCAGGAAGCAGGCCUCCUGUGGAUUGGGGUGGGAGGGUGCAGUAGUCAACUUGGGCUACACUGUCUUCCUGGUUUUCUAAUAUUUAACUUGAUAGCCAAGGCAUGCUGUUUCUGUGCUAAGCAAGGAUUCCACUUUGGUGAAAAUUAAAGCCUAAGUCAUUAUAGAAAAAUACCUCUUAAUAAAACACGAGUAUAUGGGCAAGCAGAAUAAAGAGACCAGAGCAUUUCACUUCGAGAAGAGGCUGCUGCUGCUGUUCCUCCCUUUCUUCCUCCCCCUCUUCUUCCUCCCCCUCUUCUUCCUCCUCUUCCUUCUUCUCCUUUUUCUCCUUCUCUUCCUCCUCUUCUUCCUUCUCUUCUAUAUCCAGUCUUUAAUCCCAACAGCAGGGGAUGGGUGGAUGAAUCUGUGUCGCUUGCAGAAGUGAGCUAUAUAUGGCAGACAAAAGUGUGCCUUUUCUACUCCUCACCCCCAGUCCUAUUCUUCCAUGUGUUUGACUCACGUGAGCUUGACUUGCCCCUGGGAUGGUUGGAAAGUGGUUUCUUUGGGAAAGACGUCCACUAAGCCAUUAUAUUUUGAGAUUUUUUUAGGUGGCCAGAAUAUAUGGUCAUAAAAAUAUUGCUGAAAUGUGGAAUGUGGUGCCUCAUAUAGCUAAUCAAUACACAGGAUAUGUAUGUGUAUGUGUAUAUGUUUGUGGAUGUGUAUUAUAUUUUGAUAGGCAACAAGGAAGUAAAAUAAAAGAAAAUGAAUCAUUUGUCAAUUUCAUAUCAUCAAUAAAUCCGAAAUCUGUCCAUGGCACCUAAACACUGCUGCCCCCCUCAUCCUCUCCAAUGCCUUUUUCAGAUCCUGGGUUUUGACCGACAUCCUAUGGAGUACAGAAAUAAUCAUUAGUUAGGUAGCUCAAAAUUAUCUUGCCUAAACUGGUAAUGAGAGCUGUUCCACAUAUCUGUCCAAAAGCCUGCCAAUUAGCAUUGAGGUCUUAAAGGUGCAGCUUAAGGUAUUUAUUAAUAUGCUAGGUUUAUUAGCGUAUUUUAUACAUGCAUCACAUGGAUGUCUAAUGCAUUGCACGAUAUUGUAUAAUUGUGGGGCUUCUAAUUUGUUAUAGCCAGAUCUGUUCUUCAGUGGUGUUUAAAAUUCAGGAUUACUUCAUAACUCAUAAUUGAUAACUCAUUAGGAAACUGUGCCGUGUACUUGAGGUUACCUCUAAGGCAAUCCAUAUUUAACGAUAAACUAGAGAGAUUCCUAGCUACUUGACUGUCAUUGACCAGCUUAAAUAUUUAAAGUAAUCAUCUGACCCUUUGCCUAGUCACUCACAGAAAAGAAAAAUAAAUGUGUACAAAACAGGAAAAGAUAUGUCUCAAAUAUCCUUUCCUGAAUGAAGAAAACUUACAGUAGGAACUACUUAGGCAUGUAGCGAUGUGUCACUGCACCCAUAGUGACGGCAUAACUUAACUGAGGGGUCUGUUUUCACCUUUUUUUUAAAUCUAAGUUUUUACCGACACAGAAAUUUAAGCCCAUCAUGUACAGUCAAACUGAGAUUCACUGCUAAACGUCAUAACACUUUACAUCCCCAUCUUUACUGCUGUAUCUUUACAGAUAACUUUGAAUUGUUUGUCUUCCCUUUCAAAAUGAUAACAAAUCCCGAGUAUUUGUUCAAUGCCAUGCUUUACAUACAUAAAGGAACAUAGUCAAAAUUACAAUGGCAUCGCCCUAUGAUCGCUUCGGUGCCAACUCCCCACAGUGUUUCUCGCUAUCUAGUAGGGAGUUGGGUAGCUUUAAAACCAAGCCUGCAUGGGGGUAUGGUUCUGGCAGUGUGACUUAACUUGCAUCUGUUUGGUAUCGAUAUAACAACUGGUGCUGGUCUGUGAGACACAAAGACGUUGGUGGUGUGAGUACAACUUGUUUCUGGUCAUCAGGACAAGAGCUGAGAUCAUGAAGUCAUUAGGACUUGAGAUUCUGUAUUGGCCAAGGUUCUUUGGUCCAGCAGGAUAGACUCAUCCAGCUCGUUUAAAAAGGAGGUUGUGAAAUUCAUUGAUGCCUUUUUGGCUGGAAGGCCACCAUGAAUGGAUGCAGCCUCAGAAGAGGCCCGUCAGACUGCACUGGGGGGGGGGGGUGUCACUGUCUCAGUCCCACCUACAUGGAACCCACACCACUAGGAUCUAGACAUCAUGAUAUUUAACAGAUAUGGCUCAGAGGAGAACACUCACAUUCUGUUCCUCAAAGGUGGCUCACACAGAUCACAUUCACUUUCCAAGUUUACACAGUCUCUACUUGGCAGAGCCCAAGCCACAGUGUAGAAUGUGGUGCCAAGACAGUCCUAGGAAUAUAGUUCUUAGCUUUCUAGUUUGUCACAGAGAGCUGGAAAAAAAAAAAAGGGCGAUCAAAACUCUACGAAAGAAAUCAGUGCACACACCCUCAUAGAAACAUAAAACAGUGAUUCUCAAAUUGUGUUUCAGUGAACUGUAAAAUUGUCCCCACCCAACUAAGACUGUUAAGGAAAUGGACAGUGGACAGGCCCUCACAGUCUGGACUUCAUCCAGGGAAGCCAGGUCCAUCCAAAUCAGUUGAGUGUCUGUAAUUGUUGGGGGAAAGCGUUCUCCUUUGCUUUCUGUUUGUGCGCACUCUCGCUCUCUCUCUGUCUCUCUCUCUGUCUCUGUGUGUGUGUGUGUGUGUGUGUGUGUGUGUGUGUGUGUGUGUGUGUGUGUGUUUUGUUAGCCAGCUUAUCAGAAAUAAAGACUAGGAUUGUUUCUCUAACAAAUGCUCUGUUUUUAACAGAACAUCUGCACUUCCCUUUCCAGUCAUUGCAAAGAUUCCAAGUUAAUCUCGUCUCUCACCUCAUCAUUAGAGGAUGUGCUGCUAAGAGGCCUGUUCAGGUUAAGGUUUUUAAUGUGAAGUCACCACCUCCUGAGAACAUGCCUUUGAGUUGUUUCAAAGCCUUUCCAACAUCUUCUCAGGGAAACCUCUGCAGCGAAGGGCGGCCGAGUCGUCAUAGCCGUGGGGUAAAGGGACUGGACACAUUAAUUACUCUUCAGCUGCUUUAUCUCAUUGGACUUCAAAAACAGAAUUAGCAGUAGCAGGAGACAGUGGUUGCUCGGGGUUAAGUUAAUCAGUGUGCGCUAAUUAAAUAACUGUUGUGCCUCCCCAUUAGACCUUUUUCAGGUGGCGUUGGGCUUUUUAGUAAGUCUCAACCUACCUGGGGUUUUGUAUUUUAGUGUUCUGCUACAAACCACAGCCUCUAAAUUAAGGAGAAAGACAGAGUUGAACAUAUCUAAAAUCCCCAAGUCUAGGCCGAGGAAACGGCUCAGUCAGUAAAGUUCUCGCUGCACCCAGAGCCUACAUGAUAUGUCAGGGACGGUGGCAGGCACUUGUGACAGCAUGGGGCGGACAGAGCCAGGCAGAUCCCUGUGGCUCACCAGCCAGCCUCACCUGUUAGUGAGCUGUAGGCCACUGAGAGAUCCUGUCUCAAAAAAUAGGCAACUUCUGAGGAAUGACACCCAAAGUUGUCCUGCAGUCUCCACAUGUACACACACACACACACACACACACACACACACACACACACACACACACACACACACUCCAAAAUAUCCUGAAAUCCAAGAUACCAUGAGCAACUGUGUGAUAUUCCUAAGGUUUCAAACUUUUUUAUUUUCAGAUUACAGUUACCCAUCCAGUAAGCUUAUGCAAAUAUUAGAGGUCCAAAAGUCUCACACUCUAAACAUCUCUGGUCUCAAGCCUUUUGGAUAAGGAGCACUUAACCUUAUGUGCACACACCUUGAUCCUUGUGAAAGUGUUUGAGUGGCUUUUCUCACAGACUCUGUGGAGCGUCUCUUACUCCGUGCAGCCAGACCCACCUGAGACAUAGCUACUUCCGACCCACCUGCACUCUUACUCUCACUCAGACUUUAUCGUCUCCUGUAUGCCUUCAGGAUGUCCUGUCGUCUCCUCAUGUGCCAGAUGGCAAACCCCAGGCCUGUUCUGUCACCUUAGAAGCAGUCAAGCAGCCCAAGACUGUUCCUUUAAAACACUGUAAACACUCCCUGUGGACUUGAGUGUCUACCAAUCCUUCCCAAUUAUUCAGCUGCCUUCAGAGGCCUUAUUUGAUGGGGGAGUGGGUAGUCUGUGUUGGUUUCUUGUGUGGGAUGGAUGGAUGGAUGGAUGGAUGGAUGGAUGGAUGGAUGGACGGACAGAUGGAUGGGUAGUUGGUUGUUUGGCUGAUUGGUUGCCUCAGUGGAUGGAUUGAUGGAUGGACAGACAAACAGAUGGAUAGGUGGCUUGUUGACUGCUUUGGGUUUUACAUUAUCCUUGAUACUGUUGGUUUUACAGUACAAGGAUUAAAUGAAAGGCUAGUGUGGGUUAAGCAAACCACUCACCAAGGCUACAUUCCUACCCCUGUCAGUCCUAUUCAGAAAUGGGACAAGGGUGCUGAAGUACUUGUAAUAAAAAAGAAAUUUAAAAAAAUCGAAAACUAUUACUCUUUGAAUGGCUUGAAAAUACAGGAAGCCAUAAAAAAAUAAAAUAAAACUCCUUUUUUUUUGACUCAUCCCAUGUUAAAUCAUUGUUAAAUAUUUUGUUUCUAUUUUCUAUUUUACAUUUGUAUUUUAUAUUUGUAUAUUCCCUUUUAUCUCCCCCCUUCCCCCUCUCUCUCUCAAUUAUAUAUAUAUAUAUAUAUAUAUAUAUAUAUAUAUAUAUAUAUAUAUUGAACAUUUUAUUGGCUUUCAAGUUGGGAAAUCUGUAUAUAAUUUACUCUUUGAAAAAAGGUUUGAAAUUCUUCUAUUCUUCUAGGUUGGCAAGUGACAGAUUUUAAUCCCCAUUGCUUAUUGGAGAUUGGCCACAAAGUCUGUCUGGUUCACUUCGUUUCCUUUUAUUUGUUUCACUCUCUCAGUGUAGAACAUCAGACCAGGGUUAGCGGCUGUCGUUUUCUUCAGUUUGUAGCCAUACAUUUAGGGGGUGGGUAUUUGGGAAUAUUCUUUGGUUUUGUUCUUUUGUUUGUCUGAUUGUUUUGAUUUUUCUAGUCAGGGUUUCUCUGUGUAGUCCUGGCUGUCCUGGAACUCACAGAUGCACCUUCCUCUGUCUGCCACGUGCUAGGAUUAAAGGUGUGUGCCACCAUGCCAAGCCUUAAACUUUUUUACUCCUGUUCCCCAGUGAAGCUUAAGUAAAAAGAGUUGAUAACAUCCUUCACUGCCGAGAAAGAACUAAAGCACAUUUAAAUAAAUAAACAUCUUUAUACUGAGAGCAUUCGAGAAGUAAACCAGGAGGACUCUGUGCAUCGCUCUAUGCAAGGCCGGGCCCCUGGCUAGCGAGCUUUACCACAGAUGCAGUCUUGCAAGCAAAAUGUAAUAAUUUACAGGAUAUUCAUAUUACCAUGGCUUGGUUGAAAUAUAAAAUAAGCUUACGUUUUUAUCCUGUGGAGUCCGUGUGGAACGGAGUUCCUGCCUCCCUCUGCUCACUCGGCCUCCUCUAAACCUGGUUCUUCUCCACCUUCAUUUCCUGUUAUGUCUGCCUCUAGGCAGAGUUGAUGUUUCUUGUGUGUCUCAUCUUCUGUCAGCAUCUGGUGAGUUUGCCAACAAAACUUCCAAAAAGGAAUAGAGUUACUGUGUGUGUUAUUUAUUUUUAUUUUAUGAAUAUUGGUAUUUUGCCUUCACAUGUAUCUGUGCACCACAUGCAUACAGUGCCCGCAGAAGGCAGAAAACCAUCAGCUCUCCUGCCACUGAGGUGUAAAUGAUUAUUAGCCACCAUAAGGUGAGGGAAUUGAACCAGAAUCCUUUGGGAAAAGGCAGCCAGUACUUUUAUCUAAGGAGCCUGCACAGAAACCAGGUGUGGUGCACUAUAGCUGUGAACCAAGCACUUGGAAGGCUGUGGUGUAGGAAUGACAACUUCCAGUCCAGCCUGGGUUAUAAAGCAAGACUCUGUCUAGGGAAUUUAAAAAACAAGAAAGUGUGGCGAUGAGAGUUUUGUGCCAAUUCAGAGCCCAGUAGCAGCGUCUGUGGUGCAAGUGCUCUGGGCAGGCCACUGCUGCUCUCCCGGCCCCUGCCUCUGUGCGUGCUCUUUCCCUAUACCUCGUGCUUCUCCUAAGUCCUGCCCAGACUGAAGGAUGUCUUAGUCCUAAGGCAUGCCCCUUACCUCACUCUUGCUGGUCCUCCAGCCAGAACGUCUACCAUCCUCUUUUUACCCCUGGCAAAGAUUCCCCCACAUCUAAGACCUUAAACAGUGUCCAGACCACACUAGCAGCUGGCAUCUGCCAUGCCGUCACUUACUCUCCUGCUAGACACAGCAGUCCUUUGAAGUUAUGCUUUCAGUGUCUGUCUGUGGACUUGUGUCUUGGGCCCAUGCCCUAGUAAGCAUGGAAAUGUCUAGAAGGCUCCACGUAACCUCAGGUUUCUGUCCUGACCAAUCCCUCUCUAUCAGGCUAAUUUAAGGGCACUGCAGAGCAAGCCUGUAAACCUAAGGUCAAUCUGAUUAGUUUUGUUUGUAAGCUGUGCCUAAUAAGAAAGCAGUUUCAAAUUGGGGUUUUCUCUGAGCUCAUGUAUUUGCCUGAUUUUUUUUUUCUUAAGCAGGAAGAGAACUCACCUCGGGGAGUCGUGAGUCACACGCCUAAGCUUGAUUUCCAGUCCUUCCUGGCUUCAUUAGUCACUCUGCAUUGUUGUUCGUUUGUAAUUGUGUGCAUGAGACCUUGGCUUCUAGAAUAAUAUUACACUGCAAAUCAAAUUCUGCCUCAAAAGAACUUCUCUUCCACAAUUUCCUACAUUCCUGUACAGGUUACGAAAUGUCACAAUUCAGUGGGCCAAUUAUUAGGUUUUUAUUUAAUGGGCAGUUUUAACGUUCUCAGAGAAUCUGAGUACUAAUAGCAUUUUAAACUUCUGUGUUCCAUUUAAAGACACAACCAUUCUUCUCUUCGUGAGUGUACCUAGUUAUAUUUUUGGGUAUCAUUUAAAUUCAGGUUCCCAAUCAGUAGGAAAAUCAAUGAGUUAAUGAAUAGCUUCAUUUUUAAACUUUUAAAAUACUUUAUCCUAAUUAUAGGACAUAUCUGGUGACAUUAAUUUGACAAAAUCCCAAAUCAUCAGAUUGUGCAGAAUAGCCCUUUCUAGGGAUCGUUUGGAGCGCUUCCAGUUUAGGAAGGUUACUUACUGCUUUAGGCCCAGAGCACAGCCUGGCUCACUAACACGAGCUCUUCCUACUACCGAGCCUUAGGGGUCAUGUCGGUGUAGGUUGGACUUGCUUUAACCAUUCCUGUGCUCCUUGGUGUGCUGUUUAACCCCUUAAGCUUUGUGCUCCCCUGCAUUUGCAUAUCGAAUUCUUGAGGCAAGCUGAUCCCACAUGCCCUUCCCCUUCCUGGACCUGGGAAGCUUCAAGGUGACCCCUUGGCCAUACACUGAAGCUAAUGGCAAAGCCAGCCCAGGUACCAUAGGUGACUGAGUCCUAGUCCAGUGAGCUUCCACCCAUGACUGGUGAGUGCUCAUGUAAACCAUUUUGAAUCCCGUGAGGAAUAAGGUGGACAAUAGGCCACCAAGGGGUGGCUCCAGGAGCCGCUACACAGUGUUGCACAGUAACUCACACUGUCUCCUGGGAGGAGACAUGAAGCAUCCAGCCUAGGAGAGGCCCACACAGCCAGCAUCGUCUGGGUCUUCCCAGCCAGUCGCCCCUGUGUGGUUUUAAUCAUCUUACCACUUUAGCUGUCAAUUCCGUCCCUCCAGCCAAAGACACCUGACCGAUCCCUGUGACUCCCUGUGACUGCCCAGGAUGAUAAGUACAGGGCUUCUGCCCUUGACGCUCCUCCAUGUCAGGAAGGACAACUGGGUUUCAUGUGAAACCUGGCUCUCCUCAUUCCCAGUCUGCCUCUGUGUUUCACCUACACACAGUGCCUUCUUCAGAUACCCCCUUCCCACCUGUGUGACUUCUUUCCUCUGUUCCUGUUGGGCUGGACAGACACUAUACCCUAAAGUUCUACUUCUGAAUUUCUACUUACUGACCAAGGCAGGACAAAGGUGACACCUCGGACAUGAAUUCAGUGAAACUUGGUGACCAUGAGUGAGAAAAUGCAUGCUUCACUGGACCCCUGUCCUAAGAAUUUGUUUCUCCACUCAACCAUGUUUUGUACUUAAGACUCUGUGUGGACUAAAUGAUAUAAGCCGUCUCCAUAAUGCAAAUUGUUAGAGCACCUCCCUGCCCUCUUCCUUCCCUCCUUCCCUCCUUCCCUCUUCCCUCCCUCCACACCUCCCCUUCUUCUCCCUCUCUCCCUCUCGAAUGAUCUCCAUAGAUCCAGCUAGAGGUGUUCUCCAGAGGGAAGGAAGGGAAGCCUGACACAAUGAAGGGAGAGGCAGGGAUACGAGAGAGGGGUGUUUCCUCCCUAGAGAGCCUGUGCUGACAUGCAUGUGUUAGCAUGAAGCAUGGGUCUGAUUACUAAAGUCAUGCAUGGUGGUGUGCACACCCAGCCCAAUUUCCCACGUCCACCUCGCCAUCCACCAGUCCUGCAGAACACACAGCUUGACUGCUUCUGUUGCCAGUGGAUUCUCGUGCAGUUGGGGGAUGUUGAUCAUAUAGUAUCUAACUGUGUGAUAUGCAGAUUAGUGGAUGGGAUUGUCACAGUGGACUCUGCUGCUGUUUUUAAAUUCAGGGUGGCAGAUAGUGGACAACAUUAACAUACAAGGAGCAAAAGCUGUUGCAAGUGUGGGAAAGCCUCCAAGCAGCCCCGGAAGCCUCACAUGCCACUGAUACCCUCCUACAUCUGUAGUCCUGCCAUUAGACCCCUGACACAGCUUCAGAGAGCGCUGGUCUGUGUUUCUGUGUGGGCUUCUUGGAGUGGCCCCCACUUCCUGUCCCACACUAAACCUGCUGGGGCUUGAGGCCUGGCUCGUGGUCCAGGGAGGAGCUCCUCCCUCCUCCGUAAUUCCUGUGUCUCCCCACUGUGCUGCACAGACUUUCCUGUGAAUGAUGUUUGUUCUUUGAUGCUCUGCUCUCUGAUGCUAAGGUUCCCUCCUUAGUUUUCUAACCAAAGAACCAAGCAAAUUAUUUCUGAAUCAUCAUUAUCAUUGAUUACUGUCCUCUUAAUUGCCAUUUAUUUUAAGAGCACUUAAACUCUAAUUGCUAUGUAAUCAUAGUCUCAUUUGGUUUCAUUUAACACUCGGAGCAAACUAAUAAGGGAGGCAUUACUAUUUUUUUUUUGAUGGAUAAGGAUUAGAAAAGCCCAUAACUUGCUCUGAGUGACAUAACCACAGAACGUCAGAGUCAGCUUGUAAUCCUCCCGUGCAUCAGCCUUGGGAGCACAGCUGUGCUCCCGUCCUAGUCAGCCUCCAAGGACAUGCACAGGUCUACAUGCAGUCAAAGCAAAGAGCUUAGAGUGAGACUGCUUCAGGAGUGUGCUCCUUUAGGUUCCCAGCCACAGUCCCCACGGUGCCGAACUGUCUGAAGACUAAUUGUCAGGAGCAUGCUCACCAGCCCGACCUUCAGUAGGGGAUCCAGGAUGCUGCAGUUGUCUAUGGGCAUGGCAGGGCUGGACAUGAGUCACUUUCUUAUGCCAGAAGAUGGUGGCAUCCCUGAGACCCUAGGUCAUAUCAAAGGAGGGCCUGAUCCUUCCCAGGCCUCUGGCGUCUCUCCUUCCUUCCAUUCUUCCUAUCUAUUGUGUGUUCCAGAAAUGUAGUGUGAGGAAGCCAACCACAGGAGGACUCGGUCUUGGCCAUACCUGAGUUUUAGAGGAACUGCUCAAAAGAAAAUGGGCCCAGUGGGAACACAAUCUCAAACAGUUUCUUGUUGUCUGUACAGCUCAAUCAACCAAAACCCAUAAUUUUAAAACCUAAUACUCUCUAAACUUGGAAACUUUUGCACAUCAACUUGACACCUUGAAGGCAAAAUCCCAUAUCAUGAAACUAUCUACCAAGUUAUCAUACUUUGAAAAAUUACCGUCUUACUGUGAGCAUAAGGUAUAGAUAGACUAUGUAUGUGAAACAUAAAUACAUUUCACAUGUAGACUUAAGUGCUGUUCCCAAACUAUUUCCUAAUGCCCCUGCCAUCUUAAAUGCUCAUUCUAAGCAUGUUGGACCAGGUAGAAUAAGCCAGUGCAUGAUUCUCUAUGCACUGUGACCUUAUAGCUAAAAUGGGAGUUCCAGGGGGGAAGGACUUCACUUCCUUCACCGCUGCAGCCCAAUGUCUGCAAGGUCUUGUGCCCAAUGCAAAUGCCAGCUUCCUCCUCUCAGGCCCUUUCUGAGCUACAUUGCUAUUUUAACCCAGUAUUUUUUAUUCUAAAAGAUCAACUUUAAGGAGUCAUCAAACCUAUAAGCUUACUGACAUUAUGGUCCAGGAAGAAGCGACUGUUUCCUGUAACAGGCCACCAUUUAGUUGACCUGAGAGAAAUGGCUAAGACAGUGACAGCUCACUUCUGCACAGACUCUGAAAGUCUGGGGAACAGCAUUUGGCCCAAAAUGAAAAAACUGGCUCCAUGCAUGUGAAGACAUCAGUACCAUGAGAGUCAUAGAGCACCCACAUGCAUGUAAAAACAUAGUACCAUGAGAAUCGUAGAGCACCCACAUACAUGUGAAUACAUCAUAGCAGUCUACCUAGUUUGCCCAAGGGUGCCCAUUUGUGCUUCUAUGAGAGUCAUCUGUGGUUCAGGGAUUAGAACUUUUGUAUAUAAAUUUGAAAACAGGACAAAUAUAUUCGGAUUCAUGUGUUUCCUGUAUUGUAAGUUCUUCUCAUAACUUUAAAGUGGGGGUUAACUCCUUUUUAAAAAUAUUUUGACUUGAUGAUGUUUGGUAUUUGGGCAUGGGAUGAUGAAGUAAGUUUAAGAAUAUCCGAUGAGAAUUGAGAUACAUUAUUUCCUACCUUCCAGUCCAUUUAAUUACAAAACUAUAAGAAUUAUAAGGUACUCUGUUUUGCUAUCUCCUAAUGCUUACAACAUACGGAAAACAGCAUCACUAAUUUAAACCCUAAGUCAUGGUGAUGAAACAGGGUUCCAAGAAAGCCAGUUGGCCUACUUGUUUUUAAACUACUAGACUUUGAGGGGCAAUACAGUUUUGUGUGGUACUGUGCUUCAAGCGUCCCUUUGGUGAGCACUUAGUACAUGAACUGACAGCACUGACAGUAACGUGUUAGAGGAUGAGGAGAGUAACUUGUUAGAAGAUGAGGAGAAUGGGUAAAUGGGAGGCAGGGCCAGAAUAACAAGGGUAGAAAACCUUUAGCUCAUGAAAAUAUGCCUUUCCCAUGUUUUAGAAAGGGCAUCUCAGGAGGCGCCCCUUGGUCAGACACACUAGGCAGCAGGCCCGCGCGCUUCUUUUCCUUGCCGGAUAUUUGUUCCAGACUGGAAGAUGUUUUAUGAUAUUUAUUUGAUGACACACACCUGCUGGGUAGAUGAAAAGCGACAGCUCCUGAGGAUGACCCACUUCAAGGGCACAGUAAGCUUCUGAAGACUUUGGCAGGCUACCCUGCAUCUUUGCGGUUUCUGUUGAUGUCACUUGUUGCACGCAUCUAAGACCAGUGCCUUGUAGACGUGUUGGAAGCAGGCUGCUAACCCCAGGGAAGAGGUUUCUGAACCACUAACUACUUUGUAAGUACACUGAGCCUGGCAAGGCUCGCUGCUUUGUCAGACAUGCUGCAAACUUGUGAAGAGCUAAUCACAGCAGUCAGGAUGUGAAUCAGUGCAGGAGUGCACACACCAGCCAGGAGUGGACCACCUAGGAUCCCAACUGAGAGAAGUCUGAGGAGAAGGUGUGGAUCCCAUAGGGUCCCCCUCAAGGGAAGAUGCCAGCAAAGAAAUGGAUGUCCCAUUUUCCUAAGAGUUCACAAGGUCAAGAGAGGUUCCAGUGGGAUCGGGAAAGAGCACUGGGAGCACUGGGAGCACUCCUCCCUCCUCCCUCCACCCUGAGCAGUCACAUCGUCUCAGGCUUCACUGUUCCUUUGCCCGCACUCUCUGAUCUCCAGACAUGGCAGAGUGAAGGUCUGAUAAACAUGAGGGGAGGGGCAUCUGUCCAGUGAGAACCAUUUGAUAAUGUAAAUUUUGGUGAGGCACAGCAGCAGGAGGCUGGCCUGAGAGGAAAGAAGUGGAUGUGGGAAUGUUAGAGCAGUAUGUAGUGCUCAGGGCUACCAGGGAAAGGCAGCAUGAAGUAGCCACUCAGGGGCCGUGGGUGGGCACGCUGCACGAACCCCAGAGAAUGACAGGGCUGGGCUUGCUACCCAAAUACAGCUUCAGACGGUGCCCUGCACCUCUUCCUGCCCUGAGCAUCGCUGUAUAGAGAAUCUAGAGGUUCCAUGAGGUUGGGGAGAAAGUGACUCACUGCGAAAGAAUUAUAAACUCUGAGUCAUGACUAGAUGAAGACGUCGCUUGUUGAUUCAUAGGAAAUCUCGUCUGUGACUCCAUGCGCAUGUCUGGAGGGCCUGGCUGGAAAGACAGGCUGCAAAGUUGUGUUGUCUAUGAUGGACAUCUCCCACUCAGGCUCUCUCCUCUUCCUCUGUCACACACUGUAUACCGGGUCACGUUAAGUGCGCAUGCUGGAGAUUCAAGACCAAAUAAUUCCAAAUGGCCUCUUUUAUUUGUCCUACAUUUUGGGAGGCAGAAGAUGCACUCAGAACCAAGUUUGCUAGGCUCAUUGGGUGGGAUACUAGGCAUUUCAGGUCAAGAAGAGAAAGGAAGGAAAGAUGUGUACUUUGAAAGGCAGAACUAACAGCGAGUUCUUACACAGCUGACCUCAAGGCAGACUACAGGUCUGACUACAACUUUAAUCCCGUCUAUUGCGUCUAUUGCUAGUGGAGGCUUCAGUUUUACACAGACAUGCUGAACAAACAUUGAUUUCCUCAACUCUUUUCUGUUGAAACUACCUGAUACAUAAGCCCUGGCUGGGUGACUGUUCCCUCCCCUUCCAUGAGCUAGAAAAGGCCAUAACUAUUUUUAAACCCCUUCCAGCCCAAGAGUCAUGCGAGCAGAUGGUGUUGGCCAAGGUGUUGAAUGCAGCCAUCAUAAUGAUGGCACCCUCUCACAAAGCUAAGUAAGCAAGAGUAAUGCUGAAAUGAGGGACAGUCAUUUAUUUACUGUACUUGCAUUGUUCACUCUAAUAAUGCGUUUCAACACAGUAGAGUCGCUAGAUAAUGCGUCUGUGGCUUUUAUGCCCGUUAUUGUUAUUUAAAUGAACAGUCGACGGCACUGUAAUGAAGAAAUGCAUGCAUUUCCCCAACUCACUUAUCAACCAGGACUCCAGGAAAAUGAGAAUUUGUGUCUGUCUUCAUUCACAGAGCAAACUGGAGGUCACUGUUUUCAAUGUGAACCUUUUUUUUAGCUUUUCAACACUGAAUAAUUAGGAGUCGCUGCUUCUGAAAUCACCUGUAUUCACUAGAGAGAAGAAAGACUUUUAUCUUCAUGAUGAAAUACAUGCUCUCAUUCAGGCUUCACCAUUCUUUCUCCUAAUAGCAUUUCACACCAUCGAGUCAAUCCUAGGUAGUAAAAUAAAAGAAUGUCAUUUCCAGAGCCACAAUAGCCUUGUUUAUUAUUUACUUCCUUAAAAUUCAGCUGCUCCCGGAAAAAGAAUCUAAAUGUAAAACUGGGUUUAAAGCAAUCGAACAUAUAAAGCAAUUAUCCACAUAAAAUGCCGUUAUAGAAACACACAUGUUCUCCACACCCUGAUUUGAGUUUAAUUGAUCCUUGAGCCGUACAGUUUAAUGACCGCACGCCUCUAUUAAGUUUCUUAACAGCUUUGAUUGAGAUACAGUUUGUAUCCCAUGUUCCCACCCAUUUAAGUGUAUAGUUUGCUGGUUCUUAGCUUAUUUGCUUAGUCAGACAACCACCACCAUAGUCAAUUCUGGAAUAUUUUCAUCACCCUAAACAGACAUCUGCUGCCAUUACUGGUCCCUCCCUUCUCCUGACAACUGCUCCUCUUCCUUCUGUCCCUGUAGAUUUGACUGGUUUGGGCACUUGCAUAGAGCCAAACGUGUGUGCUUUUGUGACUGCCUUCUUUCACUUAGCAUAAUGAGUUCCAGGGCCAUCCUUGGUGAGGCCCGUGUUAGUACCAAGUGUCUUUUGGUUGGCAGAUAGCCUUCUACUGUACACACACUUACGAGUAUAUACGUACGAGCACACAUGCUCAAACUUCAUUCCUCUGCUUAUUCAUCAAGCCAUGACUUUGGAUUGUCUCUGCCUUUUGAGUAUAAUGAAUGAUGUUAUCAAAAGGCUUUCUUCAUGAACAUGUGUUUGCGUUUCCCCUUUCUGUGUACCUAAAAAUAGAAUUCUAAGUAACACCGGUGCUCCUCUGCUUAACUUUUGAGGAAUUGCCAGCUGUGUGGUGAGGUGAACGCUAUGGUUCACGUCCCAGCAGCUGUGUGCUGGGCUCUGACUUCCUGACUUCCUUCCCACCACUUGUUAUUGUCUGUCUUUCUGUUAGAGCUGCUGGGCACACGUGGGGAAACCUUGUGGUUUACAUUGGCGUUCCUCUAAUGACUGAAUGAUGGAGAGCAUCAUCUCUCGUGUUCACUGCCAUUCGUGUUUCUCCUCUGGAGAUACAGCCGUUUCUCUGAGCUUUUACAAAUUCUGUUCCCUGACCUCAGGAAUGUAGUUACAGAACUAAGUUGGACACAUAUGCACCCCUUACAGGGAGGGCCUUUCAAAUGAGCACACAGACUGAAGACGUCUGUACAGUGGAUGCUUUUGGGAAUUACAGAAUAACCCAACUGUUCCAAGGAAUCAAUUUACUUCUAAAAUUUUACUUUGUCAGUUUUGUUAGCAAAGUGGGUAUUGUAGGUCCCCGGAAUCAUACCGGUUGAAGAUUGGAUUAUGUGAUCAGAUACAAGGACAUCUACCUGUAAUCCCAGCAGCUGGCCCUGAGGAAGCUGGAGCAGGAAGAUUAUACCUUUGGAGGCAGGCAGCCUGCACUGCAUAAUGAGGUUGAGGCCAGCCUGCACUUUAUAGUGAGAACCAAUCUACAGAAAGACAGGAAGGUCUAAGAGGAAGCACACUGGGGUCCCAGAGAGAACUGGCGCUGACUGGAACUUGGUCUUUGUGCCACUGAAGGCCCACUGCUUUAGAAGACAUGUAGACUUUUCAAAGAGAUUUUCACUGAUUUAAAAAAAAAAUAGCCCUGGUUAAAAUACCCUUCAAUCUAAUGAACAGAAUUCCCUGCCAAGAGCUUGGCAUGUGUUGUUUUGUUUUAAUAGAUGCCAUGUAAAAUAUCUUCUUCUCGCCCUUGUGUGUGUGGGGAAACUGAGGUAAGCAAAUUUGUUCAAGGCCGCCUACAUCGUGAACAGAAGGUUCUGGACUGGCCUCUAGUUCUGAGCCUGUUAUUCUUUAUAAUUUUCUAGUCCGUCACAAAUCAGCAGGUGGUGUCUGCACGCCAUGCCGUCUUGCAGGAGGCAGAUAGAGGGCGCCUUGGAGCUCUCCCCGUUCACAUCUAGUUUAGCAACUGAAUGUGCCUAGCUUCAGCAGACAAGGGUAUCACAGGGCUGAACUGGCCAAACAGACCUAUUCAAACAUAAAAACGUGGUACCUUAAAGUACUCGUAACACGCCAGCUUGCUUUGUACAGUGCUUGGCCGCUAUAAAGCUCAUGACUUACACUUUUAGUUCACUGUUCACACGUAUGCCAGCUGUCCAUUGUCCUUGUUUUUAUGCAGUUUUAUGUUUAUAUUCAUGAUGAAAGUCAGGCCUGGGGGGCUUCAGUUGCAGUUGCCAUGUGAGAAAGUCUGAGGCAGAGCUGUAACUCAAAUCUGUGUCGCUCAGCUCCUGAUGCAAUCCUGUGUGUACAGUGCCAUUCCAUGUUCUACCUUAAUAGAGUGCUGAAGGGAGGGAGGGAGGGAGGGAGGGAGGGAGAGAGAGAGAGAGAGAGAGAGAGAGAGAGAGAGAGAGAGAGAGAAUUGCACCAGUGUGUGUAUGUAUGUCAAAGCAUGUAUGUGUGAGUGUGUAAGUGAGCUUGUAUGAAUGUGUGUUUGUGAGUAAAUGAGUAUGUAUGUUUGUGUGUGUGAAUGAACGUGUGUAUGUGUGUGAGUAUGUGUAAGUGAGCAUAUAUGAGCACGUGUGUUUGUGAGUAAGCAUGCAUGAGCAUGUGUGUUUGUAACUGAGCUUGUGUGAGCAUGUAUGUUUGUGAGUGUAUGUGUGCAAGUGUGUGUAUGUAUGUAAGAGCAUGUAUGUGUAUUAGGUAACGUGUGAGAUCCCUUCUAAUUGUGGCAUCAGGUAUCUUUGUCCCUAGUUGAGAGCAUGGGGUAACUGAUUCUUUAUUCUUCUUGAGGAGAAGCUUGCUCUUUAUCCUUCACAGUUAACAGUGUGAAGCUUUCUGCUUAGAAGUGUAGCAAGGUGGGCUGGGGAUUUAGCUCAGUGGUAGAGCGCUUACCUAGGAAGCGCAAGGCCCUGGGUUUGGUCCCCAGCUCCGAAAAAAAAAAAACCAAAAAAAAAAAAAAAAAAAGAAGUGUAGGAAGGGGAUCAGCCUCCACUGCUAGUCUCCAUGGAGGUGCAGAAGCAGUCUCCACCUAUGUUGACCAAUGUUUUUGUACAAGGGUCUCAUGUUCACGUGAAUUUGAAUGGGGAUCCUUUAAGAUGCCAAGUCUCUUUACAGAAGUGCCAGGUCUCCUUUUAUUUCUGUGGAGUCCUUCUGAAACACAUGUCAGCUUAACCCAGUAGCCCUCAGCUCCAGCUGUUGGCAAAAAUCAUCAGAGGAGCUUUCAAGAAAUAUAGAUGCUAAUAUUCACUCAGUGUUCUAAGAGCAUACACUGGGGAAAGGGCUGUCUCUUUAGCAAAUGCUUCUGGGAAAAAUUGAGUAGCCACAUGCAGAUGAAUAAAACUAGACCAUGUCUUUCACUAUAUCCCCAAAUCAGCUGAGAAGGAGUAAUACACAAAACCAUGAAAUGUUAGAAGAAAAUAGAGGAGAAUUGCUUAAUGUUGUUUGGCUAUGCAAAGAUUUAUUAUAUAUGACCUCAAAUCACAGAAAACAAAA